CCCGUGUGGGAUGGAUUGGGUCACAUGCACAGGCCUCCUCCUUUGGCCCUUCACAAAUGCGGACAGACGUGAGCUGGAGGGGUGUCCUGCUUGGUGGAUGUGCUCUGUGUAGGGCCCGGUCAGACGUGGAGAGACCCACCAGGAACACAGGCAGGAACAGGAAUAUCCUCCUGAGUCAGUGCCACGACGCUGACACACCACACUCCCCGGCAGGGCAGCCUCUGCUCCGAUAAUAAGCAUCCUAUGCUAUUCAGCUCAAGAUGGCGGUGCAGGCAGCGGAAAAGGACGGAAUAGUGUUGCAGACUGUGGAGGAUGACCACCUGAACGACUCGCUGGGGAACCCCGGCCUCAUCUCACCUGACAAGGAGGAUUUAUCACGUCUCCUGACGGUGCCAUUCAGCGGGCGCAUCCGGGGCGGCAUGCGGCCAGGGAAGAAGAUCAUAGUGAUGGGCAUUGUCGACUUGGAGCCAGACAGCUUCAAUGUGAGCCUGACCUGCGGCCGUGACUCAGAGAAGGAGGAGCCUCCAUAUGAUGUGGCCCUGAAACUCACUGCCCGCUUUUCUGACCGCCAGUUUCUGCGCAGUGCCCGUGUCUCUGGGAAAUGGGUUGGGGAGGAGGCGUCCACUGCCUACUUUCCCUUCAUCCCUGAUCAGCCUUUUAGGAUUGAGAUCCACUGUGAGCACCAGAGGUUCCGGAUAUUCGUGGAUGGACACCAGCUCUUUGACUUUUAUCACAAAGUAAAAUCUUUGGCCUCUAUCGACACAGUACGGAUACAAGGAGACCUACAGAUCACCAAGCUGGGUUAACUUCCCGCUCCUCCUUUUCUGCAAGUCAAGUGUGAAACAAGGACUCAAUCACAGACGACCAUGCACACACAGUACGCGCCUGUUACGUCAUCAUUCCUUACCCAUCAUGCAACACUGCAGCGACAAAGCAACUGGAAAAAGACUCCGGCUGUGACAAGUUAGAGUUCCUUUGUUAAGUCUCAUUCACUUCUUUCUUUCUUUUAAUCAGGAUCUGAUACAAUGAGGCUUUGAUGGUGAAUGUGUUUGUUGGUUUUCAGGGUUUCCCUCUUUGUAGACCCAGUUCUGUCAGAUCAAGGAUCUUAUGAUUUAUUACUAUCCGUUCCAGGUUGAAUCCUUUAGGGAGAUAGAGGCAGGUGUGAAGCACCUCCAUAGAUGGGAAUAAUAAUUUUAAUUUCAUAGAAACAAGUAUCUCAGGAAAAAAUGAUGAGGAAAGCAAAAUAUAGAGGUUAAUUAAAUGUCCUUAUUCUUCAGGUUAUAUCUGGACAUUUAACAGCUCCCAUAAGUUUUUGGAUAAACAGCAACAUGCCUGAGAUUAAGACAAAGUAGAGAGUUCUUGAAGAUUGUUCAAACAUGACAAGUCUUCAAAAUUCAGCCGUACUGGACUCAGAUGUGACAGGUUAAAUCUGAGUCACAAUCAACAGUUUUGAAUAUCAGAUAAAGUUUUGCGUAAAUUAUUUCAGAUUGUUUCUGUUCUUUCGAUGCAGUUAUCUUCUAAAACUCCUGAUCAGAUCACAGUAGAGCAGUGUUGCAUCCUGUUUUCUCUAUGCUGGUGUUUCUCCAUAGGGUAUUCCUCUGUGAUCCCUUGGGUUUAUCCAAGUUGCCAUGGCAACACAUUGCAGUCUCAUCGACCUAAAUUCCCAAAAAUAAGGAUUACAUCAUGUCAAGAUUUAUCAGAGUGGUCCCAUGCUGUACACAGCAUGUUUUGCUACGUAAUUAAGCCAUAAUUAAAGGCAUAUUUGCUGUUUGAAUGAGUUCAUGACUCUGCUGUCACACUUGCAGAUUUUUCACUUCCUCUGAAUAGUACACUAAAGCAGUAUGCAACUUAUUUUCAUUUUUUCAAAGCACUAGUUUCACUUAAUAUUUAGAAAAACAGUGCUGUCAGUGUGCAUGUGUGUGCUGAGCAACAAUGACACAAAUCCUUCGGUCUCAUUUGGUUGCAGCGAGUCUCUUGGAAGCAGGAUCAGAUCCUGAUGGUAUUCUGAAUGUAUAGUAUUCAUGUUUCAAUAGUAGCAUAGAAAAUAUAGUGAUGCACAAAUUAUGAUGUUAAGUCACAGUUUUUGGUGGUAUGGCUGGUGCUGUUAUAGUCCAUUUUCAGUCAUACAGUAUGUCUUAUGUGUUUAUGACUUUUUAAAAGUGUUCCUGAAUCAUUCCACACUAAGGCAGGUUGACGUUAUGAAGCAGGUCUGUCUUUGUUUGAAUCAGCCAGCAGGUCUAACAAUUGUAAUUUAUUGUCUUGAAUUUAUUACAUGGUUUUAUCUCCAUUACCUCUCCCUUCACGUAGUAUGUCUUUAUCUUUAACUGAGGCAGAGACAAAGUUAAGAUAAACACGCAGUGACUGUCGAGGUUCAACGUGAAACUCACAGUGUUGAAAGUAUGAAGUCUUAAUGUGCUCUGUUUACACUUCAUUCACUAUCAGUGCUCACCUUGCCUGCUAUAGAACUACUACUUUCAACAAAAGCCAAAUAAGAUGACUGACUAUUAUAACGAAUGCUUAUUUUCAGUUUGGAUUAAGUUCCAAAUAAUUGUGUAAAAAAUAUGAAUCAUGCCAUGUAUAAAAGGAUAUAAAAAUUGUGAUAAAUGUCCAUCCAUGAGAAUAUUUUCACAUUCAAAGUGAGGUCUUCUUUUUUUCUGUCAACAGUCAAAAACAAAAGACCCUGUUUACUUUCAAAAACAGCAAAGUAAAGCAGCAGCUAGAGUAGAAUGAGUUUAUUGAAAAAUGGCUGAAAUGCCUUUUUUAUAAACCCAUAUACUGUAAAAACUACAAAGUAUAUUUGCUGCAUUAAAUGAGUGACUAAUAGGGAUGUAACAAUAUCAAAAUCUCGCGGUACAAUAAUACCCCGGUUAGUCCCGGUAUGGUAUUUAUUUCUGUAUCAAAAAACAACAACAAAAGACUUGGUAAAAAAAGUGACAUUGUGUUUACAAACCUUAUAAAACCUUCACAGUUACACCUUGUGAUCUGAUGAGCCCUCUGUUGUGGGGAAGUAGAUAGUGAACUCUUCCUUUAGAGUCUUUAAGCCUUGCUGGAUUCUGCUCCUUGUAUCUCUGUGAAUCUUUACAGGGUGAUGAUUUGCCAACUAUCUGCUUAUGUUAUUGGUAUUCCCCAGUAAGUGUGUCCCUGCAGUCUGACAGUGUCUGCACAUUAUUUUUGGAUUGUCCAUUGCCCUUUCUUCUUUCUUGACACCAGGAAACCAAAAUGCUUCCACAUGUCAUAUUUUAAAGUCCCUGGAGCCUUCUUAAUCUCAAAAACUUUGUCACAUGGUCCACCCUUGACACUCAUAACAUCCACCAUUUUCACGCUGUUGGAUCAAGCCAGCAAGCGGAGUGCAAAGGAUGAUGGGUACACAAGUGCAAAGUUUUGGGUUGACAGAAUUUUAAAAUUUGUGUUUCUUAUCAAUUUGGUAACAAUUUUGGCAUUAAUUAUUGGUAAAAAAAAAAAGUAGCUCUUAAUGGUGAUAAAACAACUAGGGACGCAUUAUUCUUGCUUUAAUGUAAUGCAUAACUCAGUUGUCAGUGAAGCCUGAAGAUUUUGGAAAAAACUCUUGUAUGGUGCAUCAGUCAGUGAGUUUUUCUUAAUAUUUUCUUUUAUAAUUCGACCUUGAAGCAUUAUCUAAAAUAAAGUUAACCAAAUUAAUUUCUUACAACUUCUAUGUCAAUUGGAGAUGGAUGAAAUAUUAAUUAGCUGUUAAUAACAAAAACCUCGACUGAGCUUUGAGAAGCUUUGACUGAGACAGAUGCUCAUUCAUAUCGAACAGAUUAUUAAAAGGCAUUCUUUCAGAGGCUGUUUUCAGCCUCUGCAUAAGCAGUUUGACCCAUCAAGGAGGCAAAGAGUUGGGACUGUAGUAGACUGCACAGAAAUACAUUUAAGAUUUGUACACUCAGUCUUCAGCUGAUGAGGGUGUCCCGUCUCAUUCUGCUGCUGUGUCUUUGGAGUAAGCUUGUUUUGGAUGCAUGCAUACAUCCAGUGUUUAUCAUCUCUACUCUUAUGUUGGACUAAGUUUCCCUGUUCCAGCUCUGAUGGCUCUGAAGCAAGCCUUUUUUUUUUUUCUCCUGCUUGGUCAGACAGAAUCUUCCUCACUUGCUUUCGCUUGGUAGGCGCUGGUUUAUUUUGGUCACAAACAGGAAAUGAGUACAGUUUGUUAUGAAGUGCAGUGCUGACUGAAAAGAUAUGAGCCAGUGAAAUGGACCAUUUCUUCAGUAUUACAACUGAGAAAAGUGGGAGAAUAAUGUGAAAUAACUGUCCACAGGUUUUUUUGUGUUCUUUCUUUUACCUGGUGACCAUCCAUUUACAACACUACAUUUUCUACAUUUUACAGCAACGUGUUGAUGUUACUCAUGUAAAGACUACAACUUUAACUCAGCAGUGUGUGUCAUGGAUGUUGAAGCAAAAUGUACUCUAGUGUUCAUACAGGUUCAUGUUUUGCAGCAGCAGUAGUAGUGCUGUUUUUAAGAACUAUGGGGGAGGAAGAUGACCAGUUCAAGACCUCUGAAUUAAAGGGCUCACAUCAGGGAGGGUUUUGUGUUUGAGUGAGUGUACAGGGAUCUGAGCUGUGUACGUGCUUUCUUAACAUACAACAAUGUAAAUCUGCAAUAGCAUGUUUGGGGAUUUUUUUUUUUUUUUUUUUUUUUUUGAGGUUUAUGCACAAGUGAUUGUCUGGCACAUGAUAAGCUGGCAGGGUACUUGAGCUUUUUUUUGGUACUAGCACACUUUUAAAAAGGCUGGUUUGCCAAAGGAUACAGUGCGCAGAAUUUGUCAUUUUGGGCUAUCUUGCUGUUAAGUUGCAGAUUGCAAUCAACUUGAGCUUUUUCCCUGUAUCCUUCCCUAGAUAAGCUGAAGAAAAAUACAGGAAAGGUGUUGCAGCAACAUUUGAAAACUAGAAACAUUAAAGUUCCUCUCUGGAUUCAGUGCGUGGAAUAUGCCUACAUGGAAAAGGCCUUGGUCCCUUUGUUAAUACAAAGAGCUUUUCAUAUUUAAUUUCAUUCAUUUAUUUUAAAAAAUCAUUUUGAGAUGUUCUAAUACUGGGUUUUAUUUGUUUUAGCCUCUUAUACUGCAGAGCUAAAUUCAGCUAUAUUAUCAUUGGACAGAUAUGAAAUAAACACACUGUGCCAUCAGGGUGUUGUAAUCAUAAGUUAGUAAAAUGUCAGCAAUCAGUUUCCUUUCACAGAUAGUGUGUAAUCCCCCCUCCCCUCAUGUUAACAAUUAUCAGUGUUGGUCAGCACUAAACUCUACCUAUGAAUACCAGGAGAGAAAAGUUGUUUUAACAUCUGUAUAUUUUUGUUUCUCAAUACUUUGUUUAAUACAACGGGCCCCACUUUCUUACCUUUCCAUGAUCCCAUUGCUAUUGUAACAAUUCUUCUUUUUAAUGAAUAUUUAAUUGUUCUUCAACCCUUUAAAACGCCACUGAAAAACUGAAUGUUACUCUCCUUCUGAUUGUAAUCUAUUGAUAUGAACUCAGCUUCAUGCGUGUUCUGAAAAGGUGAAACAGACCAUCUUUCCUCAAUUAAAACAUAAAAGGUUUAAGAUGAACUUGACAUGAUUGGACUUUGGAUGUACAUAUUGUGGAACAUGGCCUUUAGGCUGAGUUACCAGCAGAAAGCAUUUUGAUGUGCAUGUAAGCUACCUGGAAUUUUGUAUGAAAGACUAAGGUAUUAUGUUGUCAGUGUUUGGUGCAUUCAGGCAUGCUAUUUCUUUUAUUCCAUCUACUGUGUACAGCGUGUUUUGAGGGCAGAUUCCCCCUUGUGGUAGCAUUUUAUUUUCCUUCUGUUUAGCCUAGUAUUUAUGAAGAGACCAGUUUACUAAAUGCCGAACUUUGAACAAAUUCACAUGAAGAAAGAUGACGGGCAAAGUGUACAAGUCACGCUAUUUACCAUUUCAGAUUUGCACUUUUAAAACGUGCUAAAACUACAUCAUGGUAUCCAUUCACAGUAUGAAGUGUCCUCAAAGUAGGCUGAUAUGUUGGUAAUGUGUUGUGUGGUUGUACAAUCAUGUUAUUAUUUCUAUUUAUUACAGUGUAACCAGCAGGGUUGUGUGUGGUAACAUCAUACCUAAUGUAUUGGUAACGUACUAAUUUUUGCUGUUUCUAUGAAGGCAUCUUGAAAAGUAGAGGUUUUUUUUUAUAUAAUGAUCAAAGCGUAUCUUUGGUACAGGCUUACAUAUUCAAAUUUACAUAUUCUACUUUCUGUAUGACAAACGUGUGGUGAAAGGUGUGUUGGACUUUUUUUUCUGUUAACCUUAAAGCUAAGCAUCAUUUUGACUGAAGUAUUUUUUAGGAUGUACAGUCUGAGGAUAUCCAGGGUGUCAUAAAGCAUCAUGUUGUCUCCCUUUCAGCUGUGCAGCUUUCAAAAACCUGCUCCACAAAUAGCAGAAGCACUCUCAUGUAUGACAUGAUGCAAAUUCCCCAAAUAUCUUAAAAUGACCCUGAUUUUGUGUCUCACAAAUGUGCACUGGACCAGUGUUUAGAUGAAGACGGUACAUUCUACCACUGUGCUGUAAGACUUCUCCAAAUGUUCCUUUUUUCCACCUCAUGCUUUUGUAAAAACAGCUACUUUGCAAACCAAUAAACUUCUCAUCUUA